AUGGUUGAAACCAGCGAGGGAGGAGACGAGGUCAUUACACAACCGUGUGGUGCUUUAGUUCUGAUGAAUGUGUGGGACAAGGCUUUUCCAGUAAGUGAAGGUGUAACCAGCCCCAGUGUUGACCCAUGCUUUAACUAUAACGUUCUGGAUGAGCCAUGGAGAGCGACCGACGACUAUAAACCCCCAGAUAAGUCUGACCGUGACAGAGACUGGUCAGGCUGGUACAGACUUCUCUAUCAUGGAAUGAGCACUCAGAUGCCUGAGUCGCAUGUGCCUAAUUACAGAUGUAGCACCCAGAUGCCUCUGUGGCUUAAUGGUUCCCACCCAAAGGCUGGAGAGGACAGUCUACAGGUCUGCUGUCCCAGUAAUUCAACGCAUAUUCGAGUGAAGGCCUGUCCUGGAAAUUACUACAUCUAUGAAUUUGUCAAGCCACCAGACUUCAAGUCUGCAUACUGUUUAGUGCCUGUUGAGAUUCGAUCAACUUCUGCACCAUCAACUACAGUGCUCACCACACCAUCUACAACCACGACUGUGAGGACUCAUUUAGGUCAGCUGUUUGAUUACCAGAGCAUUAUAAUAGCUGAUACCCCAAACGAUAAUAAGCUGGCCACACUGGGAAACAUGUUUCUUCUGGCCACUGAAAUUCUGAUAUCUGCUGUGGUGAAGCCAACUCCUACCCAGAGCAACAUCAGUAUCACUCUCAACAGCACAGAGGUGAAAAUCUUCACUGUAGGAUGGAAUACCACCCUCAAGAAAACUCUACAGCUGAACACCCCCGACGCUCUCCUGGAUAUCGACCUUAUUGGUAUUUCAAAAAAUAACAAUGGUAAUGCUGCUGUCUCUCUCAUCAUCUACAAGAACAUGGAAGAAAUGCUGAAACCCUCCUUAUUUCGCACAGAGAACGACACAGUCAAAACGAUGACGUCCAGAGUGGUCUCAGCCUUCCUGCCCAAAACCACUAACAAAACGUUAACCAAACCAGUUAACUUCACCCUGAGGCACAUCAAAGAAAUGGAUCCUAAAGGUCUGCUGGACUGUGUGUACUGGAACAUUAGUGAAUGGGUUGUGGACGGCUGUUCCAUCACUGAGACCAACUCCAGUUACACAGUCUGUUCCUGUGUACACCUGUCCACUUUCGCUCUCAUCAUGCAAACUAAAAGACCACCCAAGAGCAACUAUCUCAAGGAUCUUGUAAGCACAGUAGCAGUGGUUGUUGGGCUGGUCUUUCUGUUCUUGGCUGUGUUGACCUUUGCUGUCUUGGGGAAGAACUCAAGCGUGACCAACACAGCUCUACUCAACCUCUCUCUCUGUCUGCUGCUGGCCCAUCUCCUCUUCCUCCUCACCCAACAUCUCCUGCCCUAUAUACGCAUCCACAAGAGAGUUUGUGCUGCAAUAGCUGGAACACUCCAUUUCCUUUUUCUCUCUGCGUUUGUGUGGAUGUUCAUUGAGGCCAUACUACUCUUCAUCACAGUCAAGAACCUAUCAAAGAUCAGAUCCAAACAGAAGGAGGUGGUUCACUGGGGAUUCCUGCUUGUGAUUGGCUAUGUGAUCUCUCUGGCCGUGGUCUCAGUGUCUGUGGGGGUGGUGCCUGAUGGAUAUGGCAGUGAGGAGUGUUGGAUUAAGAUGGACAGUGACUUCAUCUGGAGUUUCCUGGGUCCUGUCUGCUUCAUUCUAGCAGUCAAUUUGGUUCUUUUCAUUGUCAUAAUCAUCUGUCUGAGCUGGAGUAUAAAGAAAGUGAACACUGAGGUCGCACAGCUCAGAUCCACCAGGACUAUGGUGUUCAAAUCCCUGGCCCAGUUUGUUAUCCUCGGUUGCCCAUGGAUACUGGGCUUCUUCACACAAUUCAGUGAGUCCGUGGAGAUUGUUUUCCUUUUCUUCAACUCCCAGCAAGGCACCUUCAUCUUCCUGGUCCACUGUGUCCUCAAUGAAGAGGUCAGGAGGCAGUACAAGAGGUGGUGGGGCGCACUGUGGCGUUGCCACAAGUAA